AAUGACGUCGAGUGCGUUUGUUUAUGUUGGCAACGAGUCCCGUCGUCAGGCCAACACUGUGUUUCUACACACGUUAGCUUAGCAUGCUAGCUGUGAACAGAGCGAGUGUGUGAUGGAGAGCAGACGGUGUUUGUGACGGAGUUCGUGUGGAGACAAAGUUCGUGUGACUGUGUGAAAAUGUCUAAAGUCCAAAUGCUGAGCUUGUUGGUGAAGCAGCGGCUGACUGCGGCUGCUGAAGAGAUAUCUGGGCUGUUUGAAAGAACGAUAGCAGAGUACGAGGAGGAACUGUGUCGUUCACAAGAGGAGAACGAGCGACAACGGAAACUACUGGACGCUGUUCUCCAGCCUCGGGUCCAGUUACACAGAGCAGGUUGGUUCUGACGUCCAGCGGUCGGUGAGCAAAGAUGAGGUUCCCCCUCAGAAGCAGGAGUGCAGCUCCAGUGUGGGCCAGGAGGAACCAGAACCCCCACACAUUAAAGAGGAACAGGAGGAGCUGUGGACCAAUCAGGAGGAGGCUGACCUCACCAAGUUCACCUUCACUCCUGUCCUUGUAAAGAGUGAUGAAGAUGAUGUAGAGAAACCUCUGUCCUCACAGCUUCAUCAAAGACGAUCUGAACAGAUGGAGACAGACGCUGGUGGAGAGGACCGUGGAGGACCAUAUUCAGAUCAACAUUUACAUCCUGAGACUGAAGACAAGACUGAAGACUCUUCUGAACCUGAGACUGAAGUCAGUGAUGGUGACUGGGAGGAGACCAGAGAGCCUCAGUCAGAGUUAAACUCUCAGAUAAACAAUGAAGUUACAGUCAAUGUAGGAUGUAGUUCUGACAAGGAAGUCUGUGGUAAAAGAUGUGGUCUAAAGUCAAAGCUGAUGAUUCGCAAGAGAAACUUUGUUAGAGAGAAACUGUUUCCUUGUUCUGAAUAUGGUCAAAGAUUCAAAGAAAAGGGAAAUCUGACACGACACAUGGCUGUACACUCAGAGGAGAGACCAUUUAGCUGCUCUGAAUGUGGUAAAAGUUUCAAAGUAAAGCAAAUUCUGACACGACACAUGGCCAUACACUCAGGGGAGAGACCAUUUAACUGCUCUGAAUGUGGUAAAAGUUUCAAAGUAAGGCAAAAUCUGACACAACACAUGGCCAUACACUCAGGGGAGAGACCAUUUAGCUGCUCUGAAUGUGGUAAAAGAUUUAUACGAAAGUGGAAUUUGACGAAGCACAUGGCCAUACACUCAGGGGAGAGACCAUUUAGCUGCUCUGAAUGUGGUAAAAGAUUUGUAAAAAAGGGAAAUCUGAUGGACCACAGGGCCAUACACUCAGAGGAGAGACCAUUUAACUGCUCUGAAUGUGGUAAAAAAUUCAAAGUAAGGCAAAAUCUGAUACGACACAUGGCCAUACACUCAGGGGAGAGACCAUUUAGCUGCUCUGAAUGUGGCAAAAGAUUCACAGUAAGGCAAAAUCUGAUACGACACAUGGCCAUACACACAGGGGAGAGACCAUUUAGCUGCUGUGAAUGUGGUAAAAGAUUUAUACUAAGGAGGAAUUUGACAAAGCACAUGGCCAUACACAGAGGGGAGAGACCAUUUAGCUGCUCUGAAUGUGGUAAAAGAUUUAUACGAAAGUGGAAUUUGACGAGGCACAUGGCCAUACACUCAGAGGAGAAAACGUUAAGCUCCUCUGAAUGUGGUGAAAGAUUUCCACCUUAAAAAAACAAAUGACACAUCGGUCGAUAAUUGAUCUGAAGUGUUCUUGACAAACAUUCACUUGGUGGUUGUCUUGCAGGAUUCAACAUCAGUCUUGAACUUUUUAAAUGUCCUGUCUCAGACUUGAUUACUUUUUUACUCAGUCUGGUCUCGGUCUCAGACUAAGAGGACUCUGAAUAUUAAGACCAGUUAAGACUGAAGUGACAUCACUGUAUUAUGUAUUUGUUUAAUACCUUCUGUACUUAUGAUGGGCUCUAUGAGACAACAGUCACUUAGAGAACCUGAUCGUGUUAGCUUGAUACGUAAAACGUGGAAAAUGAGAGUUGAAUAAAAACAUUUCGUUUAAUUUCA